GUUCGCGACAAGGCCGACUUCGCGAGUCUCUCGGAGGCCGCCUUUACCCAGGUGGUGGAUGAGACCUCCACCGCUUCGUCGCAGGCCGCGAAGCCAAAGCCGAAGACAACGAAGAAGGUUCGGGUAAAGCCUUUACGAAGAGCCGAUGUGGCAGCAGAUCCCGUCAAGGCGGAGCAGCCAACAGGAGAUCUGGCCCCGCUGGCCCUCGAGGGGCUCCAGAGCCAGGGCGAGAAGGCCACAGAGGAGGACAGCUUGGUGAAAGCUGCAGGAAGGGGCGACCUGAACAAGGUGAAGGCGUUCUUGGCAGGGGGCUACGAUCCCAAUGAGUUGGAGAGUGGCAGAGAGACUUCCAGUUUCGCACCAGAUCCUUCAGCGUUUCGCCGGCUCGCCGAAGCGCAGGGGCUGUGCACAGAUGGCAAAAGCCCGGGAACCACGGCCCUCAUUGCAGCGGCCGUCUCGGGGCACAGCCAUGUCGCUUGGGAGCUGCUGCAGUUCGGAGCCGAUGUAGAUGCCACAGAUUCCGAUGGUCUGACAGCGCACUGGGCCGCUUCUUGCUCGACGGCUUGCGACAUCCACAUGUGGUUCCUCCUGCAUCACGCAGAGGAUGAGAAGCGAAAGAAGCCUGUGCAGAGUUCGGACACUCAAGAAGGGAACAUCCGGGCCGAUGAGAAGCGGACCUUGCGCAUGCUCGUUACACUGCUGCGUGGAGAAGGGCAGAUGUUCACGGAAAUGGUUAAUGGCUUGCUGAAAGAGGUUGAACCGGGACAAUUCCGUUCUGAGAGAUUGAAGGAACGCGUGCGCACAGUCCUUUGCGAUUAUGCAUGGAACAGACGGGAGGUGCAGAGUUACCUCAACGCUGAUCGGCGGAAGUCCAGGUCUGUGUUUACAGAGUAUCGUCCUAGCCGGCCCGAGGAGGUGGAUGCUUUCAACCUGAGCUGGCAUAACAUGCUCUACGCCCCGGAAGUACAAGUGUCCUUGCGAAGCCUACCCAUUGCGGCACCUCUGGCAUGCAAGCCGUCGGUGCUUGCGGCACUGGCAGAGACCGCGAACGAGGAGACCCUACAAACAGACACUGUGGAAGCCAUCACCGCAGCGGCGUGGCUUCAGAUGCGAGUGGCCACUGCCGUCGACAACUUCCUGAACUGCGUGGCUGUGGGAUGUCUGUGUUUGGUAACUAUGGCGUGCCGCUACGGAGGUAUGGAUGCCCAGCCUGCACUGUGGGUCCUGGCAAUCAUACAGUUCAAAGAGGUUGCGGAAUUGCUCUCGCAGCUUGGCUUCUACUGCUGGAGCCGUCUGUGCCGCGGACGCAAGAACGCCCAAAGCACCGGGCAUGUGGAUAAAGUCAAGGGAGCGGACAUGACGCUGCUGGGUGACGCA